CUCGCUCACUCACUUGCUUGCUUGGUUGCUUGAUGAACAAACAGCUGGAGUGUGUGACGAAAGCAGCAUUCUGCUGUGUGUGCGUGCGUGUGUGCGUGUGUGUGUGUGUGUGUGUAAAAUACAACAACCGUAAGUCGACAAAUGGUUGCUACGAUACAUUGAAUGCCUUUGAUUCAUAAGAACACGUGCAAGGCAUUUCAAGGAAGAUCAUAGCACAAGGUGGAUUUAGUGCACUGAGACAUAACAUCAAAUUAACUCCUACUUCCCACUACUUCCUAACCCUUGAUGAUACAUGCAGAAGAAAAUCCAAGUACAAAGAUGAUACCAAACAAACUGCAGAAAGAGAACAGAAACAUGAAGAGGAAGAGACAUUUGUUUUCAAAGUCAGUCAACAGUACUUCCCAGACAACAUUAAGGAAAAUGGAGUGAUGAUAGAUUGUGGUCCUACAUAACACAUUAUGAAUGAGAUCCACAAAUUCACAAGAUUUGAUGAUUUUGAUCCAGAAAACACUACAUGGAACUCGCAGAUGUGAGCAGAAGAAACAAUGUGGCAUUAAAACGUGGUGAUGACGAAGUAGUUCUUCAGGACAUUGAAGGAAGAAAUGUUGCUAUUGCACUGAAGAAAGCAUUGUCUCUGUGAAAGCAGCCACGACUGACGGAGCCAAAGUGAUCUUUCAAGAUGGACAAAAUAAACUUAUCACCAAAGAUGGAACUGUAUUCUGCAUCGAGGAACACGAGAGACUAUACUACGUGAGAAGAGCAAAUAUCCAACAACAAGGUGUUGAUAACCCUGGAAAUGAUAUCAUGCGCAGAAACAAAGGAACGUUUACCAACAACAGAAACAGGAAGGUGUCAUGGUCCUGCCGGUCCAGCCCUGGCUGUGCAGGUGCCUGCGUGGCCGUGCUGAUUGGGAGGCGCACACCUGCACCUCAUGCUGACUGAUUGGCCCCAGUGUACAUAGGGGCGACUGGUCCUUCGCCAGAUUGUUGGAAGUCAUGCCUCGUUCCAGCACUCCCGUAUCCCUGAUCGUCAACCCAUGUGUACCAACCUCCACCUGUUCUCCGACCGACCCCGUAAGCCUGACUGUCGUAGGAGAAUGGUGGAAUUGGCGUUUGAGGAUGAACCUGCCAGAGCGCCUUCAGCGUGCGUGUUCCCAAAGAACAGGAUUCAGAAAUGUAGUACAGAGGGCUUGAGUUGUGAGGAUGGAGGGAAUUCAGAUAAAGAUGAGGCGAGCUAUUUUCCUCCAGUUAAGAGGGGGAGGACUUUGUCAUCCCCGUUGCUCCAGGCUGUUCCCAAUGAUGCAGUAGUACCAAGGCGAACACCAAGGGAGCAACAACGCAGCGCUGUGCAACAUGUGCCACAAGAGCCACUUUCCAAGCCCCACGUUUCUGUCCAGGAGUUGGCGGUGGCGGCGCCGCCUCACAUUCCCGUCCAGGAGGUGGCGAUGGCUCCGCAGCCGCCUCACGUACCCGUCCAGGAGGUGGCGAGGGUUCCGCAGCCGUCUCACGUACCCAUCCAGGAGGUGGCGAUGGUUUCGAAGCCACCUCACGUUACCGUCCAGGAGGUGGCGAUGGCACCACAGGCGCCUCACGCUUCCGUCCAGGAAGUGGCAAUGGCUUCGCAGCUGCCUCACGUUUCCGUCCAGGAGGUGAUGAGGGCGCCGCAGCCACCUCCCGUUCCUGUCCAGCAGAUGGCGGUGAGGGCUCCGCAGCCGCCUCUCGUUCCUGUCCAGCAGACUGCGGCGAGGGCUCUGCAGCUGCCUCCCGUUCCUGUCCAGCAGACGGCGGCGAGAGCUCCGCAGCUGCCUCCCAUUCCUCUCCAACAGAUGGCGGCGAGGGUUCCGCAGCCACUUCACGUUCCUGUCCAGCAGACGGCGGCGAGGGUUCCCCAGCCACCUCACGUUCCCCUCCAGGAGUUGGCGAUGGCUCUGCAGCCGCCUCUCGUCCGUGUCCAGGAGUACCGGCGGUGACCGGUCCGCAGCUGUUCAACGCUCCUGCUCCGACGGCGACUGAGCCGUGCCUUAUAGGGGGGGGUUCUGUCAUGGUCCUGCUGGUCCUGGGUGUGUGAGUGCCCGUGCGGCCACGCUGAUUGGGAGGCACAUAUGUUGUUCUCAUAUUUUCUUUUAUUUUAUGGAUGUUGUUUUGAAACUAGUUAUGCAGUGGGGUGGCCACGUGAUCCACUGACACCAAUAACCUGUAAGGGCGCAUUUCUGUUUGUUCUGAUCCAUUAGGGGAUG